CUCUUCCAUAACUUCCGGUUUCUCCUCUUCCUCUUUUCCGGAUUUUUUCCUAGCGUGACCAACGUUUCGUGUCUGUUUAGACUUAAAAAUGCGUUACGUGGCCGCUUACCUCCUGGCUGUGCUCGGUGGGAACACCAGCCCCUCUGCAAAGGACAUCAAGGCCAUCGUGGGCAGCGUAGGAAUCGAGGCCGAUGACGAACGCUUAAACAAGGUACGCCAUUUAACGACAUCAUAUUAUGCAAUUCCAAAAAAAGCUGUUGAGAUUUUUGUGGCUGAAUUUGAAUCUUCUAUUUCUCUGCAGGUCAUUAGUGAGCUUAAUGGGAAAAACAUCAAUGAAGUCAUGAACUCAGGCCUCUGUAAGUUAGCCUCCGUACCAGCAGGUGGUGCUGUGGCGGCUCCUGCCGCUGCUGCUGUUGCUGGUGGGGCCGCUGGGGCCGGGGCUGCGCCUGCUGUUGCGGAAGAGAAAAAAGAAGAGAAGAAAGAGGAAUCAGAAGAGUCAGACGAAGAUAUGGGCUUUGGACUCUUUGAUUAAUCUGUGUUCUCUGUGUUUGAAAAGCAAUAAAAAUGUAAAGGGUUUACACUGA